UUACUGAAACUAGUCCAGGGUGUAUGAGGAUGCUGCACCAGUCAUCAGCUAAUCUCUGAUCAACCACGAUUUGAUUUAUUUAUUAUCUUUAAUAAAAGAGGAACCGUUUAAUGUUGGCUGCAGCUGAUCAUCUUUGCCUGCUGCCUUCAUCCUAUGGAGAACUCCCUUCCUGGACACGGUACACACUCGCACAGGAGAACAUCAUCCCUGGGGAGUCUUUCAGAUCAUGCCAGCAAAGAGAACGGGAGGAGAACCAGUACAGGCGAGCGGAACGAUAGACCGCCUGUGCCGACCUUACUAGGUUAUGAGAUCAUGGAGGAAAGAGCGAAGUUCACGGUCUACAAGAUCUUGGUUAGAAGAGCGCCUGAUGAGAGCUGGGUGAUUUUUCGGCGCUACACGGAUUUCAUCAGGCUCAACGACAAGCUCAAAGAGAUGUUUCCUAAACUCAGACUCUCUCUGCCACCCAAGCGUCGCUUUAAAGACAACUACGACAUGAACUUCCUGGAGGAGAGACAAGUUGGCUUGCAGGCUUUUCUUCAAAAUCUGGUCGCUCAAAAAGACAUGACUAAGAGUGACGUAGUGAGAGGGUUCUUGUGCUUGGACGACCCUCCCGGACCCUUCGAUAGUCUGGAUGAGAGCAAGGCCUACUGCGAGACCCUGGAAGAGACGAACCAUCGGCUGCAGAGGGAGCUGCAGGAUAAGCAGCGGGAAAUCCAGUCUCUUAGACGAAUCUUGGAGGACCGAGAUCUCCAAAUCAGCGGGCUGGAGAAGUCCAAGAACAGCGUUUGUGACGAGUUAAGUAACGUCCACGAGGUAAAGGAAGACGCCCAGACAGAACCAGAAACAGAAGAGAUACAGACAGACAACUCCACUGACCUGGACAGAAGUUUGGAGCCCCAUUUGGCAAAAAGAAGCCAUGCAGCUUGCUGGAGCGGUUCGGCCUAGGAAGACACGUGAGCUUCCCCAGAUCAAGAUAUCUGAAGGACCAGGCUUAGAACUUGCAUCAUCUGCAGGAGAACUAAACAUGAUAUUUACAAACCAUAACAGUUUUGUUUUUUUUUUGUCGUGGCAGAAAUAUGUUGGAGUAGUCUGAACCGCUGGGAUGAAAAAAGAUCAGAACUAUUUACAAGAUGAGAAAUGAUGGAGUUCCAGCAGUGCCUUUUCAUCUGGAAGUCGAAAAUCAGCACAUUUUUAGAAAUGUACAUCUGGAGUGGGCAUUAAGACGGCUGCUUUAUUGUAUUUUCAUGAGGGCUUGACCGUCUUGGUAUAGUGUGUGUGUGUGUGUGUGUGAUUAUUCUGUAUUGCUAAUAAGGUGCAUAAUUAAUGCACUUCCUUUUACAAAUUACCGUUUCCUUAGUAACUCAUUCAGGGAACAAAUCAAUUUAAAAUUUUAUUUAAAAUAAAAUUAAAAAUGAUGUGCAAUCACUGAUAUUUUCUUGUAUAUUUAUUGUUUAUGGAAGGAGUCUCCAGUGUCAGAACUCUGGUUUCUCUUAAAACAUCUUUUUUCUCAGAUACUGGUGAAAUUUUUGUUCAUAGCUGUUUCAAAGCAGGAAGAGCUUUAAGGAAGUCAUUUGUUUUUUGCAGAUUUCCAACAAUGUUAGACGAAAUAAGUGAAAAAGCCCUGUGGUAUAAUAGCAGCGCUUGAUGUCAUGACAUAACCCUUGUUGCUGAUGAUAUUUCUAUAACAGCUUACACUUUCCUCAACUAUUACCCACAAUGCUGUUGGAUUGCCUGGUGAAAGUGGUGACUGCGUGGUCUCUCGUCAGUUCACUUCACUUUCAACACCAUCACCAUCAAACUGCCAAACCAAGUCUGGAUUAACGUGAUGUUGAUUCUCACUGGAAAUGGGUGAAUAAGAAAAGAAGCUCUUUAUUUAUUUAUUUUCACAUGAGGAACUCAAGUCCAAUCUCAAGAUGUUUUCUCUAUUGACUUGGACUUUCUCUGAUUUCUUGCCAUUUAUAUUUGGACUAUUCUCAGCCUUGGGCAUUGGUCUCUUGGCGGAAAAUGAGUGGUUGUUAAAUUAUGUUGUUAUGUUGUCAAAAUUAUCAUGUUUUUGCUUUUCACCAGAACAAAGUUUGACAAAUGUAAUUUCUUAUUUUCGAAAACAGCCUAAUUAGUGGUCCAGUGUGUGAAUGAAGCCAAAUAUUUGAAAUAAAGGCUUGG